AUGGAGACCAAGCUUGGUGGAGCUCGUGCGAAGGAAAUAUCGGAUAGGCUUCCUUUUGAUGGCGCCAUCCAUACCGAAACAAUUGGGUUCGCAGGAGGCCUUUGGCUGCUCUGGAAUGCUGAUAUUGUGGAGGUGGUUCAUUUGGCAAAUACAAAGCAAGAAAUCCAUGUGGAAGUGAAGGUACUUGCUACUAAACUCUCUUGGAUUUUUUCUACUGUUUAUGCUAAUCCUAGGAUUGCUGAAAGAAAUACCUUGUGGGAAAAUUUAAUUAAAGUAGCUGAUCUUCAUAAUAAACCAUGGGUGAUAGCUGGGGAUUUUAAUGAACCCCUGUUGGAUGAAGAUAAGUUUGGAGGAAGGCCUGUUAGCAUAUAUAGAUCCCUGUUAUUCAAAGAUUGUCUUGAUAAGUGCAAUAUGGUGGAUUUGGGAUUCUCAGGUCCCAGAUACACGUGGACUAAUAGAAGGGAGUUGAAUAACCUCAUUCAAGAGAGAAUAGAUAGGUUUUUCAUGAAUCCUAGUUGGUGCCUCUUGUAUCCAGAAGCUAGGGUCUCCCACCUCACUCGUUGCCAUUCCGACCAUUGUCCUGUUCUUCUUGAAACUAUUCCUAGACAGACCAAUUUCCUUAAUAGGCAUUUUAGAUUCCAAAGCUUCUGGUUGUCUGACCCUUCUUUUCCUCAAGUGGUGACUAAGGCUUGGAAUCGGGAUGAAAAUCUUUCAACUUCUAUUGUAAGAUUCACAAAAGAUGCUAUGAUAUGGAAUAAAAACCAGUUUGGAAAUAUAUUUGAGAAGAAAAGAAGAUUAAUGGCUAGGCUUAAUGGAAUCCAGCAGGUUUUAGCUUCCAACCCCCAAUCUUCCCUAAUUGAUUUGGAAAAUCAGCUUCACAAAGAAUUGGAUGUAGUGCUGAAUCAAGAGGCAGAGUUGUGGGCAUUAAAGUCUAGAAUUAAUUGGAUGGUGUUGGGAGACCGUAACACUUCUUUCUACCAUGUUUCUGCUCUUGCUAGGAGGAAAAGGAACACUAUUACCAUGGUUAAAAACGAGGUAGGGGACUGGCUAACGGAGGAAAGAGAAGCAUUCAAGUCUCCAGGUCCUGAUGGACUUCAUGCUGGUUUUUUCCAGAGAUUCUGGUCCAUAGUGGGGGAUUCAGUUAAAGAGGAGAUUAGGAAGGCUUUCCUAUGCAGAAAAAUUCCGGACUAUUUAAAUAACACAAGUAUUGUCCUUAUUCCUAAGAUCCAAAGCCCGGAAUCCAUUAGUAGCUAUAGACCUAUUAGCUUAUGCAAUUCGGUUUACAAAAUCGUCACUAAAAUUAUAGUGGGGAGGUUGAGACCUUAUUUGGAUAAAUUAAUAGGUCCUUGUCAAUCGGCUUUUGUUCCGGGAAGAAGAGGAGUGGAUAAUGCUAUUAUUGUUCAAGAAUUGAUUCACACUAUGGGUAAAGCUAAGGGCAAAGGAGGUUAUAUGGCUUUGAAAAUUGAUUUAGAAAAAGCCUAUGAUAAAUUGGAGUGGAGUUUCAUUAGGGAUAUGUUGAUCCGGUUUAAUUUUCCAAGGAAUUUAAUCGAGCUUAUUAUGAGCUGCAUCUCUUCGGUCUCCACCUCUUUACUCUUUAAUGGAGGGGCUCUAGAGCCUUUUCAUCCUACUAGAGGGAUUAGGCAAGGCGAUCCUUUAUCUCCGUAUAUCUUUAUUAUGUGUAUGGACUAUUUGGGGCAACUAAUCCAGGAUUUUAACUUUGUGUUGGAAAGGGUGAAGAAGAAACUUGCAGGAUGGAAAGCAAACCUCCUCUCCAUGGCCGGGAGGUCAGUUCUGAUCCAAGCAGCCCCUUCUACCAUCCCAGCUUAUGUUAUGCAAUGCAACCAGCUCCCAGGAAAGAUUUUAGAAGGCAUAGACCAAGUAAACCGAAACUUCUUGUGGAACUCUUCAACCAAUAAGAAGAGUAUGCACUGGGUGGGAUGGAAAAAGGUCACUACCCCUAAGGAUGUAGGUGGGUUGAGUAUCCAAGCUGCAAAGGGAAGGAACACGGCUCUUCUUGCUAAAUUAAAUUGGAGGUUUCACACGGAGAAAGAUUCUCAAUGGGCUAAAGUGUUGAGACUGAAAUAUUGUACUAAUCGGUGUUUAAAUUCCAGAGAUGAAGCUAGGCUUCCUUGCUCUCGUACUUGGAGGAGUAUGAAGAAAGGGGAACCUGUUUUCAAGAAAGGAAUCACUUGGGUUCCGGGGUAUAAUAGCAACCUUAGCUUCUGGCAUGACAAUUGGACCAAGGUAGGUAUCUUAAGAAAUAUCAUCCAAGGUCCCUUAACCACCGAGUCUAAUUUGUUAGAAGUUAAAGAUGUUGCUAGUUUGGAAGGAUGGAAUUGGAACUUGCUGCAAUUAGAGAUUCUUGAGGAUGUUAAAAGAGAGAUUCAAGCUACCCCUUUCUCGUGUGUUGCAAGAAAUCAUGACAAAUUAGCUUGGAAACCUUCUCCCAAAGGUUCUUUUGAUCUUAGUAGUGCUUAUCUCCUUGCUAGCGAACCUCUCCCUGAUCCGGCCUUUCAAGGGAAGUGGAUUUGGAAGCUAGAUACUUUGCCGAGAAUUAAAACUUUCAUUUGGAAGUGCAUGCACCACAGUAUAGGGGGUAGGAACCAGCUGGUAUUUGAGAACAAGAAUUUAAAGUCUAGUAUUGCCAAAGACAUCUUUUACCAAGCUUUAGAAUACUUUCACUGUGCUGGCAAGCUGCUGGUGACAAAACGGAAAAUCUUGAAACAGGUGCGCUGGGAAAAACCUUGUAUUGGCUGGUUGAAAUUAAACACUGAUGGGUCGUCUUUGGGGAACCCGGGCUUAGCUGGUGGUGGAGGUCUUCUACGAGAUGAGUAUGGUAGCUGGAUUGGGGGGUUUUCUAGAAGGAUUGGCAUAGCAAACAGCUUCACAGCUGAGUUAUGGGCGUUGCGGGAUGACCUUCUCUUAUGCCGGUAG